AUGAGAGAUGUACAGCAGCAGUUCGUCAGACCUCCAACACAUUUACCGCCUCCUGCAUCUCCAUUAACCCCUUCAUUUCUGUGUCCACUACCACUUCCAGUUCCUUCAUCUCCUCCAGCAUUUUCUCCUCAAAUUCCAAAAGUUCCGGGAAAAGUGAGUUCUUUCUUGAUGUUCAGUAUUUCUUACUUGAUUCAAAUGUGUUCACGGAAUCUAUUAGCAGAGAAAGAAACAGUGGUGGAAAUGAGUUUGGAACGAUUUCUUUGUUCGGAUCAGAUCAAAGUACCAUUUUUAAAUUUCAAGCAGAGAGCAAUCCCAUCAACUAUUCGUGUAACAGCGCAUCGCAUUCCACGAACUUUACGACUUGUAGGCACGCAAUGUCGCCGAAUUUCUUCAACCGUGACAAAGACUGCCUCUUUAGUUGAUAGUACUUCAAACUUGGGUAAUUAA